GCAUGGCUCAGAUGCUCAGGCUGGUUCUUCUCGGGGGGAGCGCUGUGGGGAAGAGCUCCUCAGGGAACACUAUUCUGGGCCGGAGAGUCUUUGAGUCCAGACCUUCUCUGAGACCUGUGACCACUCUGGUCAGUGAGCACACUGAGCAGGUCCAUGGACUGCAGGUGUCUGUGCUGGACACACCUGGGAUCCUGAACCCCAACGCCCGACAGCUCAUCCAGCCUGUGUGUGAGGAGCACCUCCACCGCCCCGGCUCUGUGUUCCUGGUGGUUCUGAAGGUGGGACAGGAUCUCCUCAGAGCAGAACCAGGCUCUGCAGAGGACGGUGGAGCUGCUGGGAGCCGAGGGUCUGAGACACAGUCUGCUGCUCUUCACCUACGGAGCAGAUUUAGAGGGGACGAGUCUGGAGGACUUCAUCUCUGAGGACAAUGAGAGUCCUCUGCCCGACAUCUUUAACAACAUGUUUGGACGGAGACAUCAUGUGUUUGACAACAAAGCCUGGGGCCCCGAGCAGGUCCAGACUCUCCUGCAGAAGAUCCAAACCUUUCAAACAGGGAUGUUUCCUCCAGGCAUCGGGCUUGAAGAUGUUGAUCUUCACAGAGACUUAAGGCUGGUGUUGCUGGGUCUGCCUGGAGCAGGGAAGAGCUCGUCUGGAAACACCAUCCUGGGGCCAAAGACAUUCAGGGCGAGUUGUGGGUUCAACACCGUGAGCAUAGAUGCAGAGUGUAAGACUGCGA